AUGAAAGAAACACUUAUGAGACUGGAGAACGAAAUGAAAGAGAUGAAGGAAAAGCUGGGUUCCCUGAUAGCUUCAAAAGAAGAGAGCACGGAUCUAGGAAUUUUCGAUCCAAGUGAAUUAAUCAACAGAAUUCGCCAACUAUACAAGAGUCGCGAGGGACGGCUUUCACCGUUUCCAUGGUGUGAAGAGUUUCAGUUUUUUCUUGGCAACAUUUUUACAAGGCUUAAAGUGGUCAGAAGAAACAAAACGGGAAGAAAAGUCAAAGACAUGUUUGUUGACAUGUCGUCAAUACUGGACCCGUAUGAAGGGUGUUCAGCGCCCAGAACUGCGUUGAUUGAAGGGGAACCUGGUAUGGGAAAAACCACGUACUGCAAAAAGUACGUCUACGACUGGGCCACGAAAGAGGAAGAACCUCAGGGCUGUGGCGCAACAGCAUUCAAAGCAGUGCUAUUACUAAAUUGUCGAGACAUACAUUCUAAAAUUUGGGAAGCCAUUGAGGAUCAGCUUCUGCCCCGAGAUAUCGAUGAAAAAGUCAAGCAAAAUUUUUUUCAGUUUAUUCGCGAAAAUCAGUCCAGCAUUUUAUUGAUACUGGAUGGAUUGGAUGAGUUGCCUUCCAGCAAAUUGCCAACUUUUUCGGAAUGGAUUGAAGGAAGGAUACUCCCCGGAUGCCACAUAGUUGCAACAGCAAGACACGAAGCUGGAAAAGAGGUGAGAAAAUGCUGUGACGCGCUCCUCGAAAUCGUAGGAUUCGCUGCAGAAGAUGUUGACAAAUAUGUCAUCAAAUACUUCAAAGAUAGUCCAAAUUUAGCUACAAAGCUCUUGGAACGGAUCAGGCGCGAUAAAAACUUGAAAGAAAUGGCAGUCAAUCCUCUGAAUACGACACUUCUUUGCCUUUUAUGCGAAGAGUUUGAUGGCACAUUCCCUGAAAACAGAGCUCAACUAUACUUGGAUAUGGUUGAAUGUGUCUUGAGAAGAUAUCGAAAAAAGAAAGGACAAACAACGAAUGUAGACCUAAAAAAACUUUACCAACCGCAAUUGAAUCACCUUGGGCUGGUAGCUUUGAAUGGUUUAUUUAAUGACAAAUUGGAUUUUGAUAAAAGAGAAUUAGGAAACCUUGCAAAAGACUUGACUGAAUUUGGAUUUCUAUCAGGGCAGCCUGGUGGCAGCAGAUUGAGACAGAAUAUACAUUAUGCUUUCCUACAUAAAAGUUUUCAAGAAUUCUUUGCAGCAUUCUUCAUUUGUUCUAAGAUUCAUGGGAAGGAAAUCACUGCUGAAGAACUAGUUUCCGAUGAAAGGUGUUUCAGUGAACUUUGUCCAGUACUUUUGUUUACAUGCGGAAUUUUAUCCACGCAAUGCAGUGAAGAAGUUGUGCCUCUUAUAAACAGUCUAGCAAACCAAGUCAGCGAAAAUGAAGGCAUAGGUACAAAUGUUGUACUAGCGGCCAUCAACGAGUGUAAAGGAGAACAAUGUUUUCCCUUACAGUUGGCAAAGUGGUUUGGAUCUGGUUUGAAUCUUACCGAACUGGAUUUGUCUCGGAGUUUAAUAGGCGAUACCUGUGCUACAUUAAUUGCUGAGGCAAUCAAAGGCAACAAGACUCUGACCAAUUUGAAUUUGUCUGGCAAUAGAAUAACUAAUGCCGAUCCUACAUCUAUUGCUGAGGCAAUCAAAGUCAUCAACACUCUGACUAAUUUGGAUUUGUCUGACAAUCUUAUCACUGAUAGCGGAGCUACAUCUAUUGCUGAGAGUCUUACCUAUUUGAAUUUUUCUGGCUGUCGUAUCACUGAUGCUGGUGCUGCAUCUCUUUUUGAGGCAGUAAAAGUCAACAAGACUAUGAUGGAGUUGAGUUUGCCCUAA